UCUAUGAGUCUAUUUCAACUUCAUUGAAAACCACUCCCACCUAGGUUAAACACAUACAUCCAGAACCCUACAUCAAACAAUGUAAUAAUUCACACACUACACAUCUCUCUCUCUCUCUAUAUAUAUAUAUAUAUAUGUAUAGGACUGCAUAUUGGCAAGUUAACUAACAAUGGCGGCAGCCUUCAGAGCUUGCAGCUACGCAGUAUUCUUGACUGCUUUCUUUGCAACUUCUUCCAUGGCCUCUGAUCACUACUCCUAUGAUUAUCAGCCGAUCAAAGGCGUCUAUUACCCUUCAUGGGCUCAAGAUUUCGGCCCUUCUUCCAUCAACACGAAGCUCUUUACCCACGUCUACUACGCCUUCCUCUCUCCAAACAAUGUCACCUUCAAGUUCCACGUAGACGACCAAGCACAGGCUCUCCAGCUCCUCAACUUCACGUCGACUCUUCGUGCUAAGAAGCCUCCCGUCAAGACCCUCUUCUCCGUCGGCGGGGCGGCCGAGGGGGCGGCGUUCUUUUCACGGAUGGCGGCGGACCCGUCGUCGCGUGCAGCUUUCGUUCAUUCGAGUGUAGAAGUGGCGAGGAAGUUCGGGUUUGAUGGGGUAGAUUUGGACUGGGAGUUUCCUCAAGACUCUACGGACAUGCAGAACUUGGCAUAUUUGCUGGAUGAGUGGCGGGUCGUGGUGGAGAAGGAGGCCGGAGCCACUGGUCGGCCGCCACUCCUCCUCACCGCCGCCGUGUACUACUCCGCCGACACUUUCCUUUCCGGCCCCGCCCGGGCUUAUCCCUCGGUUUCAAUCAGCAAGAACAGAACUUGGAUCAAUGUAAUGAACUACGACUACCACGGCAAGUGGGACCCGACGGCCACAGGAGCUCAAGCGGCACUAUUUGACCCGAAAAGUAACGUGAGCACGAGUUAUGGGCUCGGGUCGUGGAUCCGGGUUGGGGUGCCAAGAAGCAAGUUGAUUAUGGGGUUACCUUUGUAUGGGAGGACGUGGCAACUGAAGGACCCUAGAUUCCACGGAGUUGGUGCACCAGCAGUCGAUGUGGGGCCGGGUCCGGAUGGAGUGUUGACAUAUGCUGAGGUGGUGAAGUUCAAUAGGGAUCACAAGGCCAAGGUGGUGUAUGACUUGGACACAGUGUCGGUGUACUCUGUAGCAGGGACUUCUUGGGUUGGGUACGAUGAUACUACGACAGUAACUGUGAAAAUCGGGUACGCCCGUGGGCUUAAGCUUCGUGGGUACUUCUUCUGGGCUGUUACCGGUGAUUAUAAGUGGAGAAUUUCAAAAAGAGCUUCGCAGUUAUGGUCUAUUUGAGACGGCGGACUCUUCUUGGUGAGCCUUCAAGUACAAUGGUGGUUUUGGAUAAUGUAAUGGAAUUCAUUAUUUUUGCAAGAUUGUAUGGUGAUUGAAAUGUUUAGAAUAGUUGGGUUAAUUUACAUUUUCAUCUAAAUUUGUAUUCCUUUUCAUCCGUUAAUUAGGUUCAUUUCAUUUUCUCAAAGGGAUAAAUGAGUAAUUAAAUA